AUGUCAACGGGCACGACAUCAUCCAACGUGGUGGGCGUCCACUACCGCGUGGGCAAGAAAAUCGGGGAGGGCUCGUUUGGCGUCAUCUUCGAGGGCACCAAUCUGCUCAAUCAGCAGCAGGUUGCGAUCAAGUUUGAGCCCAGGAAGAGCGAUGCUCCCCAGCUGAGGGAUGAGUAUCGGACGUAUAAGAUUCUUGUUGGGUGCCCUGGAAUACCUAAUGUUUACUAUUUCGGACAAGAGGGUCUUCACAAUAUCCUCGUCAUCGACCUAUUAGGGCCCAGUCUCGAGGACCUUUUCGACCAUUGUAACCGGAAGUUCUCCAUCAAGACUGUUGUCAUGGUAGCGAAGCAGAUGCUUUCAAGAGUACAAACAAUACACGAGAAGAAUCUGAUAUACCGAGACAUCAAACCGGACAACUUUCUGAUUGGGCGACCCGGAACUAAGAGCGCCAAUGUCAUCCACGUCGUCGACUUUGGCAUGGCGAAGCAGUACCGUGAUCCCAAGACCAAGCAGCACAUUCCUUACCGCGAAAGAAAGUCUCUUUCUGGUACCGCCAGAUACAUGAGUAUCAACACCCAUCUGGGAAGGGAACAAUCACGACGAGAUGAUCUGGAGGCUCUCGGCCACGUGUUCAUGUACUUCCUUCGCGGUGGGCUGCCUUGGCAGGGACUGAAGGCGGCUACAAAUAAGCAAAAGUACGAGAAGAUUGGCGAGAAGAAACAAACCACCCCUAUCAAAGACCUUUGCGAGGGAUUCCCUGAGGAAUUCAACAAGUACCUCAGCUAUGUGCGCAACCUUGGAUUUGAGGACACCCCUGACUACGACUACCUCCGUGAAUUGUUCACCCAAGCCCUCAAGAGCACCGGCGAAGUGGAGGAUGGCGAGUACGACUGGAUGAAGUUGAACAACGGAAAGGGCUGGGAAGUCAUGAAAGCACAUCCAUCAGCCGCCCACCACCUCCAGAACCCCACCCACCAGAACUCAUCUACUGCCGUCAAUGUUCAUGGCCAAGCUCACAGACAACCGAAGACUCACCUUCCCGUUGAUCAUCAACGACUUAAUGCCGAUCUCCCCAAGCCUGGAGCAACCCGUGCGCCCGCAGGAAGGAGCCCUAGAGACAUGCAGCAGGGCAAGUACGGACAUCCGGAUGCAGCCAAACGGAAGAGCAUGGGAGAACUUGCGCCGCCGGAAGGAUCAACUCAGGCGCAGUUUCAGAACAGCCAGCCAAACCUCGUUUCGAACCAAAGAAAUGUCGCACAAAGCCCGAACGUUGCCCAACCGCCGAGACACAACGGAGAAGAGAAGCCCAGCUUUUUCAAGAAGCUGUCUGCCAUCUUGUGCUGUGGUGGAGGUAGCUCAUAG